UUUGGGUGGGGCUGGUAUUUUGCAAGAAUGUCAUCUAAAAACUAUCAACCAGUCAAGAGAAAUAGUCACUCCACAGUAAAAGUAGGAGACUACCUAUAUAUGUGGGGUGGGUACGGGUCUGGAUUACACUAUGAUGUGAUGGAGGUUUAUCACUUACCAACUGGUGCUUGGGACCAGAAACCUACUACUGGCACCCCACCACCAGUUGUUUGGGGCUAUUCAACCGUAGCUAUAGGGAAGGACAUAUAUUAUUUCGGUGGAUAUGGUGGUGGUUAUUGUCAUAACAGCUUGCAUUGUUUCAAUGUGGAUUCAUUCAAGUGGAGGGAACUCUCUCCUUCUAGUUCUGAUUGUGGUCCAAUGAAGAAGAGCUAUUGUGGAAUGGCAUCAGCUCAUUUUGACGAUGAGGACUGUCUUGUAAUAAUUGGAGGAAAAAGGGAAUUCUCUUCUAUCAAUCCUCCAAAGCAACCUGAUGCUCAGUAUUCAGCUGAUGGUAGAUGUAAUGAGAUACAUUAUUACAGGAUUUCUUCAGGUUAUUAAUUCUCAUCAUUGAUGCACAAUAGUGAUCAGUAUUUUGAACUGAAUAAUUUAUAUUAAUGUAC